AUGGACCUGACACUGGCGGCGGGAUUCCCCUCUCUCCGGCCAUCCUCCGCCGCGCGGGAGGCGAAUCUCACCUUCCCAAGGGCAUCCCUUUCUUCACCCGCCACCGUCUCCCACCGCCAGCAGCAGCGGCCGCCGCUGGCGAUAUCUUCUGAACUCUCGCCGUUCAACCAGAGGAUAGAAGCUCUCUGCAGAAAUGGGAACCUCCACGGUGCUUUGCAGCUCCUCCGGGAUUCUCCCGCCGGCCGGCGGCGGUCGGAGGCCACCGCCGUCCUCCUCCAGGCCUGCGGCGACCAGGGAGCUCUCGACGUCGGCCGGCAGGUCCACAGAAUCAUGAGCUCGGAGGGGUUAAUGGCGGAUUCCGUCCUCACUACCCGUCUCGUCACGAUGUACGCCACCUGCGGCUCCUCCGGCGAGUCCCGCGCCGUCUUCGACAGCCUGGAGAGCAGGAAUCUCUACCACUGGAACGCGCUCAUCAGCGGGUACUCGAGAAACGAGCUCUGGGAGGAGGCGAUGGAGGCCUUCACGAGGAUGCUCUUCACGACCGAUCUACAACCGGAUGGCUUCACUCUACCCUGCGUCCUCAGGGCCUGCGCCAGGGUUUCCUCCAUGGAAGCGGGAAAGCGCAUUCAUGGAGUCGCCGUGAAGAUAGGGCUGGACUGCGACGCAUUCGUCUGCAAUUCCUUGAUCUCUAUGUACUCGCGAUGCGGGCGUAUAGGUGAGGCACUCCAGUUGUUCGAUCUUAUGCCUCAGAGAAACCUCGUCUCUUGGAACACCAUGCUCCGUGGGCUCUCAGAGGUCGGCCUCGCUGAAGACUGUCUCCAUCUCUUCCGACAGCUGCUCCUCAGUGAAGAAGAAGAAGAAGCUCUGCACCCAGAUGAUGCGACCUUGGUCUCGGUGCUGCCCAUUUGUGCAGCAGAAGGGUUGAUCGAGAUGGGGAGGUUGAUUCAUGGCCUGGGACUGAAACUGGGCCUGAUUCGUCAUCUUAGGGUAAGCAACUCACUGAUCGACAUGUAUGCCAAAUGCGGACGCCUCGUGGAAUCUCAGUCACUGUUCAGGGAGCUCGACCAGAGGAACGAGGUCUCCUGGAACACCAUGAUCGGCGGGUUCUCCAGGAGCGGAGAGGUACGUAAAACCUUCGAACUGGUCAGAGAAAUGGCCGCCAGCACGGAAGAAGCCAUGGACGAGAUCACCAUCUUGAACGCCUCCACGGCCUGCUCAGAGCCCGCCAUGAUCCAAACCUUGAAGGAGCUCCAUGGAUACGUCAUCAGAAACGGGAUCCAAUCCAACGAUCUUCUCUCUAAUGUCCUGAUCGCUGCUUACUCGAAGUGCGGGUCCUCCAGGACGGCGGAGGAGAUCUUCUUCGCCAUGGAAACCAAGACGGUGAGCUCCUGGAAUGCCCUAAUGGGCGGCUACGCUCAGAACGACGACCCGCAGAGGGCGGUGGAUUUACACAUCCAAAUGGUCUCAUCGGCGCUCCGGCCGGACAAGUUCAGCGUCGGCAGCCUCCUCUCGGCCGCCGCCCGCCUGAGAUAUCUCCGGGGAGGAAGGUCCUCCCAUGGCUUCAUCCUUCGGAACGGGUUCCAAGACGACUCCUUUAUCGUUGUCUCCUUGCUCUCCUUCUACCUCCAAUGCGGGGAAGUGGGUUCUGCAGAGAUCAUUUUCAACAGGAUGGGGGAGAGAAGCUCCGUGGCGUGGAACGCCAUGAUCUCUGGCCUCGCCCAGAACCAGCUUUCUGGCGAGGCCCUCUGCUACUUCCGCCGGAUGCUGGCGGAGGGCCGCCGGCCCUCCGCCAUCGCCGCCACGGGUGUCCUCACGGCGUGUGGGCAGCUGUCGGCUCUGAGACAAGGGAAGGAGCUGCACUGCUUCUCUCUGAAGGCGGACCUCUCCGUGGACUCCUUCGUGGGCAGCUCAAUCAUCGACAUGUACGCCAAGUGCGGCGCCAUUGACGCCUCCCGCAGAUUCUUCGACGGGUUUCAGAAGAAGGACGUGGUCUCCUGGAAUGUGAUGAUAAUGGGGUACGGAAUCCAUGGACAAGGGCUCGAAGCUGUGGAGCUACUGGAGCGGAUGGAGGAGGUGGGACCGCCGCCGGAUUCCGCCACCUUCCUCGGGCUGCUGGUGGCCUGCAACCAUGCCGGCAUGGUGGCUGAAGGACUUAGAUACUUCGAGGAGAUGAAGACGAAGCACAGGGUGGAGCCGAAGAUGGAGCACUACGCCUGCAUGGCGGACAUGCUGGGGAGGGCCGGCAGGUUGGAGGAGGCGGCGACGGUGGCGAAGGAGAUGCCGGCGGAGCCCGACGGCCGCCUGUGGAGCUCCCUGCUCGGCGCCUGCAGGAACCAUGGCGACGUAGAGAUGGGGGAGAAGAUCGCAGCGAGGUUGCUGGGGAUGGAACCGCAGAAGGCGGAGCACUACGUGCUGGCCUCGAACCUUUUCGCCGCCUCAGGGAGGUGGGACGAGGUGCGCAGCGUGAGGAAGACAAUGAAGGAGAUGGGCCUGAGGAAGGAACCCGGAUGUAGCUGGAUCGACGUCGAUGGUAAGCUGUACGAGUUCGUUGCAGGAGAUUUCUGA